CUCCCUACGUCACGGCCAGUGUGGCAUGGCUAUACUGAAGCCGGGCAGGUCCGGCGGCGUGUGCUGGGCUAGUCAGCCUUUAGUAGCAGCGCUGCUGGCAGUAUGGCCGCGUCCAACAGAGUCAUUCUGGGACCUCUGGUGGGAGCCAUUGACCAAGGAACGAGUUCGACACGAUUUCUGGUUUUUAAUGCAAAAACAGCAGAACUACUGAGCCACCAUCAAGUAGAAAUCAAACAAAAGUUUCCAAAAGAAGGAUGGGUAGAGCAAGAUCCAAAGGAAAUUUUACGGUCUGUUUAUGAAUGUGUAGAGAAGACGUGUGAGAAGCUGACCCAACUAAGCAUUGAUAUCACAAAUAUUAAAGCAAUUGGAGUUAGUAACCAAAGGGAAACGACUGUGGUGUGGGACAAGACAACAGGAGAGCCUCUGUACAAUGCUAUUGUUUGGCUUGAUUUAAGAACACAAUCAACUGUAGAGCGACUUUUGAAAAGAAUUCCAGGCAAAAAUAAGAAUUUUUUCAAGAAUCGGACUGGUCUUCCGCUUAGCACUUACUUCAGUGCAGUGAAAAUUCGAUGGCUUCUAGACAAUGUGGAAGAGAUUAGGCAUGCUGUUUCAGAGGGAAGAGCAAUGUUUGGAACAGUUGAUUCCUGGAUCAUUUGGAGUCUGACUGGUGCAAAGAAUGGAGGCGUGCAUUGUACCGAUGUGACCAAUGCCAGCAGAACAAUGCUCUUCAAUAUUCACACAUUGGAAUGGGACACAGAGCUGUGCCAGUUUUUUGAUAUACCUAUGGAAUUAUUGCCAAAAGUGAGGAGUUCGUCAGAGAUAUAUGGUCUCAUGAAAAUCUGUCCUAGCCUGAAGUCUGGAGCUUUGACUGGAGUUCCAAUAUCUGGGUGUUUAGGAGACCAGUCGGCUGCUUUAGUUGGACAAAUGUGUUUCCAAGAUGGGCAAGCUAAAAACACAUACGGUACAGGCUGCUUUUUGCUGUGCAACACAGGUUCAAAGCCUGUCCUCUCUGACCAUGGCCUUUUGACAACUGUUGCAUACAAGCUAGGAAGGGACAAACCUGCGUGUUAUGCCCUGGAGGGUUCAGUUGCCAUAGCAGGAGCUGUGGUGCGCUGGUUGAGAGACAAUCUUGGAAUUGUGAAGACUACUGAGGAAGUAGAAAAACUUGCUGCUGAAGUCGGGACAUCAUAUGGUUGCUACUUCGUUCCUGCAUUUUCAGGUUUAUACGCUCCCUAUUGGGAGCCGAGUGCCAGAGGAAUCAUCUGUGGCCUCACCCAGUUUACAAACAGAAACCAUAUUGCCUUUGCUGCUCUUGAAGCUGUAUGUUUCCAGACUAGAGAGAUUCUGGAUGCUAUGAACCAAGAUUAUGGCAUUCCUCUCGGUCAACUUCAAGUUGAUGGAGGUAUGACAAGCAAUAAAAUCCUCAUGCAGCUGCAGGCUGAUAUCCUGUGCAUUCCAGUAGUGAAACCAUCCAUGCCUGAAACAACUGCACUAGGCGCUGCUAUGGCUGCAGGCGCAGCUGAAGGUGUCGGUGUCUGGAGCCUGAAUCCUGGAGAUUUAACUGCUGUAACAUGCGAACGGUUUGAACCACAAAUAAACCCAGAGGAAAGUGAAUUUCGCUAUGCUAGAUGGAAAAAGGCAGUGAUGAAAUCAAUGGGCUGGGAAUCAGCAGAGCCUACCUCCAAUGGACAUGGUGACUAUAGUAUCUUCUAUAGUCUUCCUUUGGGGUUUUAUAUAGUGAGUAGCAUGGUAUUAUUAAUCGGAGCAAAGUACAUCUCAGGUCUUAAUAAAUAACUAUUCAUUGACGUCUGCUCUUUUUUGGCUGGUGGUUUUAUUAAUUUCUUAUGUUGCCAAUAAGAAGAUAUAGAUUCCUGCUGUGAACUGCUACAUGACAUAUGGAAAAUUAUGUGCAAGGGUAGAAUGACAAAAACACGCCAUUUAAUGACAUUGCUUCUCUGUCCAAUAAUCGGUGAGAAGGACAUUGCCUGCGCAACGCUGGUCGCCAUGUGGAUACUGCAACCAAUCUCUUUGCUGGUGAAAUGUCACUGAGUAAUCUUUAACAAUGGGAAGGAAGAGGAUUUAAAUGAGUCUUAGAAGGACUGACUUGCACUUUGUUCGAAGAUUAUAAAUAUCCUCAGAAUUAUUAAUAUACAUUUUUCAGAAAUGUAAUGAUAAAACAUGUACAGAGAUUUUCCAAGGUUUUUUUUCUUUUUAAUUGUUAAAUGAAUGCACAUUUUUGUUAAUAGUGAAAUCAAUUCUAACUUAAUUUUGUUACAAUACAAAAGGUAAAUAAUGGAAUUGAAUUUUAUUUAAAGAAUGUCACGAAUUUUACUGCGGUUCUUUGCAUGCACCAUUUCUACUUUAUUCUGAGGCUUCUGUAGUGUCGUUGUUGUCGGAGAGCCCAAUACAAUUAGCACAGUGAUUCACCAAGAUAAUUUAAUUUACAAAGAUUAUAGCCACUAAGAUUCAGUUUUUCCAAAGGAAUUCAAAAAAAUGCGUUUUUCACACCUUGUUGCAUUUAUUAUUCACAAUUUCUCAAGGCUUUUUUCAAGCUUUUCUUUUCUAUGUUGAUAACUAUACAAACCAUGCAGGGAUCUUCUAUUGAAUAUAACAUGGGGCAUUGGAGUCUUUUUUUUAAAUAUAUAUAUAUAUUUCUUUAUCUAGGAUUUAAAUGUGGCCAGUAGCUUUAAAAAAAGAAAAUAAACCAUUUGAUUUGACAUCCCUAUCAUAUCUAUUCUGUUCAAUGCAUUUUGGAGCAGAAUCAUUUUUUAAUUGAAGAAAUUACCAUCUGCAAACCAACUUAGUUUUUUUAAUUCAUUUUUAGAUUAUGCAUAUUGCUGACCUUAAAUCAAAUUAUCAUGCCUUCUAAAACCGAUGCAGAUUGAUAAAAGUGAAGACAAGCGGAAUAUUAUACAUGUGAAUUGGAUGUACAACCCUUUUCUUUUUUAGGUGUUGUGUCAGGAGGUUUGAAAGAUGUUAGUAGCACUUAGAUCAGGUGAUUGCCGAUCACCCUCCUUGGAAUGAAACCGGUUGCCAGCUACUUUACUAUAAUUAUAUUCUGUUGUGUAAUUCUUUUUUCAUUGCGCCUCACAACCAAACACUUUCCUAUCAGUAUACACUAAAUCACUUUCAUUCGUCAUAAUAAUAACUGUGCUAUUCUUUCAUCUGCAUGCAAUAUAUCUGAAACUGCUUAUAUAUUUCAGUGAGAUUCUCUUCAGGGUAAUGAUUAAAAUAUUUCAGAAUUACAACUUUUUGGGGUCCUUGUUGCUUGACAUUGUCAUUAUAUACUUCACAGAUAUCUCAUGCUCAGAUAAUGUGCGGGGAGGCUGGUAGAAUACUACUUUCUCUGUCAGAAGAAUAAAUUAUAGAAGAUACUUUAAAGUGAUACCUACAAAACUACUGAUCGAAAUAAUGUAUAAAUACUGCACAUACUGUACAAGUUACCUAUGGUCAUGUUGAUCAUGUUUCACUGACAGGUCUGCUUUUGUAAGAAAUUGUUACUUGAAGUUCUCAACCUGACUGUGUUGCCAAUCUGCUUGAAUACUGCUGCACAAAUAUGGCAGCUGCCUCCAUGGGGGAUCAGAUAAGUAAUGUAUAAGCAUUGGGCAAAUACUUUUGGGGCAGUUACAAAUGGCAUGCAAAGACAAUGAUAGAUAUUAAAAAGUUUCAUUUCCUGGUGUCAGUAUCUCUUUAAAGUUAGCCCCCCCCCAAUAUGUUGAUGCACAGAUGAUCAUAAUACAUAGGGUAAGAAAAAUAGAAUAUAGAAGCAUGUUCUAUUGUUUAAUGGACUGUUCUGGUCAUAUAAGGAGGCCUGUACCACCAGUGCAGUGAUGUGGGAAGUGUAGCAAUAUUUAAAAAAAAAAAAUUACAGUAGAACCUCCAUUUUAUGGUAAAUUCCAGGUAACUGUAAAAUCCAGGGAAAUAAAGAAGUUGCUUGCCUGUAUGGACCUGCGAUAACAUUGCAUCAGUUCCAGGAAAAUGUGAAAUCUGGAAUGUAAAAUUGGGGUUCAACUGUAAAUGAUACCUUACCUUCACAGAGGAGAUUGAUUUUGAUAUUUUUAUAUAUAUAAUAUAUAUAAUAUAUAUAUAUAUAUAUAUAUAUAUAUAUAUAUAUAUAUAUAUAUAUAUAUAUAUAUAUAAAAUUUCCCAAUUAUUCAUUGAUUAAGCAUAACACUGCCAGGAAUGGGAAUUCUAGGAGCUGUAUGGGCCCUGUCUUGUAGGACCGAUAUCUAUGUUUUUUUUUAAAUCCAGAACUCAUCUUCUUUAUACAAUUGUUGCACUUCCAUCAUGUACCUUUAUAUUCAUCUCUGUAAACAAGUUGCUGCUUAGUGUCUGUUGGGAUUAAUGUCAAUAAACAGUUUCCGUUUCUGAUG